AUGGGUAACCAGCAGUCGAGCGGCAAGGACAAGAAGGGCGAGAAGGGCGGUGCCGACGGCGUACCUCUCGGUCGCGAGUACUACCGCUCUUUCGAGCGAUCCGACACCAAAGACUCUACCCGCUCCCUUCGCAACUCAUUGCGCAACAAGAUCCCCGGCACUGGCAAAUCCGACAGCCCACGGAACUCUAUUGCCGCCCUCAACGACCCCAACGGAAAAGCUGACAAGUCAGAUGUAGCUUCCACCAAAUCAAAAGGCUCGCGACGGGGCUCGGUCGCUUCGGCUUCAGCGACCGCUCCCGCAGAAGUAACUCCGGAAGCCGCUGAUAAGGCUGAAUCAGACCAAGACGAACCGCAAGCGCCGCCCUCACCUGUUCACGGCGCAACACUCGGAACGGGACAUGAAGGAGUGAGCAAGGCACAGAAAACCGGCGAAGUCGACCACGUCUCGGACGUUCCGCCGACGGGAGCAGCACAGCCCUUGGCCUCUGCUCAGCCGGGAGAGUCAAUUCUACAGAAGAAAGACCAGCCCAUCCCCAGGCUUCCAGAGCCCCCCGCGCCCACCGAUGGUUCAGGCUCCCCCAUGGAGCUCACCGCGCUCAAGACCAUGGACCUUGACGACAUGAUCCAGCGACUCUUGGAUGCAGCUUAUGCUGGAAAAGUCACCAAGACGGUCAGCUUGAAGAACGCUGAAAUCUUCGCCAUCUGCUCUGCUGCCCGCGAAGUCUUCCUAAGUCAGCCCGCACUGCUCGAGCUCGCUCCCCCUGUCAAGAUUGUUGGCGACAUCCAUGGCCAAUAUACCGAUUUGAUCCGCAUGUUCGAGAUGUGCGGAUUUCCUCCCAAUUCGAACUACCUAUUCCUCGGCGACUACGUAGACCGCGGCAAACAGAGCCUGGAAACUAUCCUACUCUUGCUCUGCUACAAGCUCAAGUUCCCCGAGAACUUCUUCCUCCUCCGCGGCAACCACGAAUGCGCCAACGUUACACGUGUAUACGGCUUCUACGAUGAAUGCAAGAGGAGAUGCAAUAUCAAAGUCUGGAAGGCUUUCGUGGAUACAUUCAACACACUCCCGAUUGCAGCUAUUGUUGCGCAGAAGAUUUUCUGUGUUCACGGUGGGCUGUCUCCAAGCUUGUCGCAUAUGGAUGAUAUUAGGCAAAUCGCGCGACCUACCGAUGUACCCGACUAUGGCUUGCUGAACGACCUCUUGUGGAGCGAUCCUGCGGAUAUGGAGAACGACUGGGAGUCUAACGAAAGAGGCGUUAGUUAUUGUUUUGGAAAGAAGGUCAUCAUGGAGUUCCUCGCAAGGCAUGACUUCGACCUUGUUUGCAGAGCACACAUGGUGGUGGAGGAUGGCUACGAGUUCUUCACUGAUCGAGUGUUGGUUACUGUGUUUUCAGCUCCAAACUACUGCGGCGAAUUCGACAACUGGGGCGCCGUUAUGUCGGUUUCGGGAGAACUGCUUUGCAGUUUCGAACUUCUCAAACCACUCGAUUCGAGCGCGCUCAAGAGCCACAUCAAGAAGAGCAGGAACAAGCGUCAAAGCAUGCUUAACUCACCAGAUGUCCAAGACAUUCCCUCCCCUGGAUCUCCGAUCAUCGCGAAGACGGCAACGAUACAAUACGAGGAAGAUGUCCAGGAGCCCUCGGAUGCUGUGGAGACAACGGGCGAAUCGAUGAGACGAGGUCUAUCCCAGAGACUGCGACGCGUACGGAGGAGGCCUGGACUAGAACAGCUGGGCAGCCAAGACGAUGGUGCUGCCACAACAAUCCCACGGAAACAUGGGCACAAAAGAGCGAAUACGUGGGCAAACGAGUGGAGCCACUCCCCAACGCUACCUACGAGCCGUAGCGCACCACUGCUUUCGCAACGUAGACUACAGACUGACGCGGGGACCGCGGAUGCAGAGAGACGAAAAGAGAAACUCGAAGAACAGCGGGCCUUGUGGGAAUCAACUCUUCCUCGGAUCAUGUCCGAUCACGUUGGUUAUUUCUCCACUGGACAUCAUCUCGAUUACGUGCAUCCUGAGGAGACGCCACCGCCGCCGUAG